AUGCUAAAAAGAAGUGAGUAUCCUGGUGCAGAAAUACAUAAUAACAUUUACACUACUAAAUUACCGCCACUAAACCAAAAUUAUAAAAAUGUAUCAAAAAGAAAAGUAAAAAUAUCUGAUAAUUUUGAUCCUGACGACUACAUUAAAAAAUAUGACAUUGUCAAAAGAAAAAUUAAAGAGUUAGGAGGCGUUGCUCAUCAUUAUGCCAUUUAUCUAGGUAAUGGAGAAGUAGUUCAUAUUUCUCGCUCUGAAAAAGAAAAAAGUAAAGGAGAAUUUGGUGCCCGAAAAGGUACAUGGAAAGAAUUUAUCAAAAAUGAAAAAGAAAUAGAGAUUAAUCAUCCUUUUAUUCCUUUCAAAAAACCAGAUUUAAUUCAAAGGCAUAUUGAAAUAGCACUAAAUGCUAAGUAUGGGAAGGGCAAGUACGAAUUACUGGGAAACAACUGCGAACACUUUGCCACGAUGUGCGUUUAUGGAUUAGGAAUGUCUCGACAGACUAGACGUACAAAAACCUAUGCUGACUAUCUAUUGCAGGCAAUACAGGAAAACAAUCAACUAUUUAAAGAAAUGGAAAGUGAUUUGAUAGAAAAAGGGGUAUUAAAGGCAAAUAAUUAUUCAGAAAUUCAAGCAGAAUCAUCAGGAAGUAAUAGUAAUCAGGAAAAUAUUCAGGCAAAGGAAGAGAUUAUUGAGGUUGAUAAUAAUCAGCAAGAGGAUCAAUGCAUAAAUCAAAUGGCAAUCCCACCUAAAGAAUAG